AUGCCUGCGCCUGGAAGAUACGAGAGGGUCCACGACCGCGACGACGACGACGACAGUCAUUUAUCCAUCGAACCAAAAUCGAUGCAACCGAUCCCCAACUCCCCUCCCCCGUCCUUUCGCUCUCGAGCCUCAUCACCCACGCGACGAGAUGCGGUCGAUCCCGACUUGGCUGAUGCAUUUGACGAUGAUGCCAGUGAUGAAGAAGCCGAUGACAGACAACGCCUAGUGCGGCGAAACGCUCCGCCCUCGGAUUCAUCAUCCAUCAGCUUGCGCGUCGAUGACGGAACUUCACUUGCCCAGUCUGCGCCGACAACGCAAUCAAAUGUCGCUUCGUCGGCAAUAAGAGGCCGGGUGGUUGGUGGCGGUGGGGGGUCGGAUGGAGUUUUUGCGAACCUGUCUGCGAAACCCGAAAGAACAGAUUCGGAAAAGGAUGAGAUGCCUCCUUCAUAUGAGCAAGCGGCCGCCGAUGCCGCACCUCCGUACUGGGAAACCACCAUUCUUGCGCCUGGCAUGGGUGGACUUGACGAGGUCUACAUUGAGGGAAUGCCCGUUGGAUCAGUGUUUUCCUUCGUGUGGAAUGGCAUGAUAUCCACGUCCUUCCAGCUGGUUGGGUUCUUACUUACUUAUCUGUUGCAUUCGACCCAUGCCGCCAAAAACGGCUCUCGUGCUGGUCUUGGCAUCACUCUUAUCCAGUAUGGGUUCUACAUGAAGGACUCUGGGAGUAGUAGUCCUCCCGUCAUGAACGGCCCUGAUGGCUAUGCCGCUCCUCCCGAUCCAAACUCGCACGACUUCAACUCGGGCGAAGUCACCGAUGGCGGGCCUGUGACGAUAACUGGUAGCGAGUGGAUGGCAUACGUGUUGAUGGUGGUUGGCUGGUUCAUUCUGAUUAAGAGCGUGGCAGAAUUUCUCAAGGCACGACGGCAUGAACAACUGGUUCUGCAAAGCCCCGAUCGAGGGCUGGGUGUUCCAGUGGUUGCAGACGGAGAGCGCCCCGAGCACGUGGUCUAG